GCAAGAAUAAAACACCAGAUCGAGAAAGCUAGCAGCUGCCAGCCAUGGCGGACCUGGUAGUUGGGUUGGCCAAGACGGUGGUGGAGGGUGCGCUAACCAAGGCCCAGUCGGCGAUUGAGGAGGAGUCCCAGCUGCGGGAGAGCGCGCAGCGAGACCUCGUGUUCAUCACCGGCGAAUUCGAGAUGAUGCACUCCUUCCUGAACGUCGCCACCAAGGAGCGCGUGGAGAACAAGGUGGUGAUGACCUGGGUGCGGCAGGUCCGUGAGCUGGCCUACGAUGUGGAGGACUGCAUCGAGUUCGUCAUCCACCUCGACAACAAGACCAGCUGCAGCUGGUGGUGGCGCAAGAUGCCAUCAUGCAUUGGGACGCCGCCCUCGGUGCUGGCGCUGGACGAGGCCGUCAAUGAUAUUGAGCAGCUCAAGGCCAGGGUGGCGGACGUGAGCACCAGGAACGCGCGCUACAGCCUCAUCAGCGACUCUGGCUCCAAGCCCGUCACGCAGCAUCAGGCAGCCACGACCGGUGCCAGUGCCCUCAGCUCGACGGCAUUCAACAUGCUCGCCGAGGCGAGGGAUGCCGCGAGGAGAUGGCAAGGCCUAGGAGAUCUCACCCAGUUGAUCACCAACAAAGACAACACCAACGAACCUCUUCAGGUGAUCUCUAUUUGGGGAACAGGCAGUGAUCUUGGGAUAACCUCAAUCAUCAGGAAGGCAUACAAUGAUCCAGAAAUCAGUAAGAAUUUUGCCUGUCGCUCAUGGGUCCAGCUCAUGCAUCCUUUCGAUCCCCAUGAGUUUGUCCGUCGCUUCAUGGCACAGGUAUACACAAACGAUUGCAAAGAACAAGGUGCCCGCGUUGGUGCACAUGUCCUUGCAAAGAUGAAGGUCAGCCAAGAAUAUCUCCUCGAAGAAUUUGUGCAAUUAGUCAACAACAAGACUUACCUCGUCGUCUUGGAGAACCUGACAGACAUGGUGGUUUGGGAUGCCGUGAGGACGUUCCUUCCUGACAUGAAGAAUGGCAGCUGGAUCAUCGUGUCCACGCAGCAAUUAGAGAUUGCAAGCUUGUGCGUCGGACACUCUUACCAGCCAUUGGAGCUCAAGCAGUUCUCACCUGACCACUCAGUUUGUGCAUUAUUCAAAGAGGGUUCUCAAGACUACGGAAACAAAGAAGCGAAACGAAUGGCAUGCGAAGUGAGCCCACAUUUGUCCUUGGAAGAUAUUCACUCCAACAAUAAGCAAGAGAUUCUUGAAUGGAUGACCAAUUAUCCCCUUGUUGGACGAGAGCCGCAAAUGAAUGAACUUGGCAGGUAUACAGCAAGGGCACGUAUGAACGAUUCCCCAGUUAUAUCCGUUUGGGGGAUAGCUGGCGUUGGGAAAUCUUCUGUUGUUAGAAGCCUGUAUUAUGAUAGAAUGGUUAAGAGUAAACAGUUUAACAAGUACAGUUGGGUGGACGUAUCACAUCCAUUCAAUUUAAGGGAUUUUUCAAGGAGCUUGAUUUCAGAUCAUCACUCAGAAAAAGACCCAAUUAAAGAAUGCCGCGAGCUUCUGAGCCAACAUCAGUGUCUCGUGGUUAUUGAUGAUCUCCAGUCAAAAGAAGAAUGGGACUUAAUACAGGCUGCAUUGGUAUCAAGACCUUCUGCAAGUAUUAUCAUUGUCAUUACAACUGAAGCCAGCAUCGCUACAUAUUGCACAAAUAAUGAUGAUCAAGUCUUUAAUGUCAAAGGUCUAGAAGCUGAUGCAGCCAAGGAGCUCUUCAUGAAAGAGGUACAGAGGAAGAAUUCAUCAUCAGCUUUAAUUGGCCACGAUGCUACAGAGCUAGAAGAACUUAUUUUCAAGUGUGGAGGUCUUCCCAAAGUAAUUGUUUCUAUAGCUUCCUUAUUGGCCACACAGACAGUAACAUUAAUGGAGACAGUACGUUCGCUGAAUGACAAAUUUAUGCACGAUCUAGAGACCAAUCCAGAGUAUGAUAGUCUGCGGGGCCUAUUUGACUGGAUGUAUAAUUACUUCCGUACUUGCCCAGAUUCCCUCAAGCCAUGUAUCUUCUACCUAUCAAUUUUUCCUCGACGUCACAACAUUCGGCGAAGGAGACUAGAGAGGAGGUGGAUUGCAGAAGGUUACUCAAGAGACAGUGAAAAAGAAUCAGCGGUGGAUAAAGCAGAGAAUUUCUUCUCCAGGCUGCUUGAUCUGAGCAUAAUCCAGCGGAAUCCAAAGUUUGUCACCACUGCAUUCAGUGACACAAGGAUGGUCGCGUGCCAGGUCAAUGGCUUCAUCCGGGAGUACAUCGUGUCACGAGGAACGGAGGAGAACCUUGUGUUUGAACUUGGACCCAACUGUGUUCUAUCCACCCAACGAACCGGGCGCCACCUUAUCAUAUUGAAAGACUGGGAUAGAGACAUAAUUGUGUUCGAGAGCAUUGACUUUUCCCGGCUACGGUCACUGACAGUGCUUGGGAAUUGGGAAUCAUUCUUCAUCUCAAAAAACAUGAGGCUACUUCGGGUGCUUGAUCUGGAGGACGCAUUGGGUGUGAAGGAUGAAGAUCUCAAGACCAUGGUCAAGCGGGUGCUUCGCCUGAAGUUUCUCUCUUUACGGGGAUGCAGUGAGAUCUCCCGUCUGCCAAAUUCACUAGGUGAUCUCAGGCAGCUGCAGACUCUAGAUGUGAGGCAUACCUCCAUAGUUGCAUUGCCAAAGAGCAUCGGCAAGUUACAAAAGCUGCAGUAUGUCCGUGCCGGCACCAAAGUCUCAGCUUCAACGCCACCGGCCUUAUAUAGAAGGUUGCUAGAGUUCUGCACAGGUCGUGGCCUAGUUGGUGUUAAGGUGCCAAGAGGGAUUGGUAAACUGACAGCGCUGCACACGCUUGGUGUUGUUAAUGUUCGUGCUUCAGGAGGGAGGGCCAUUGUGGAAGAGCUCAAGAAGCUGACCCAAUUGCGCAAGCUCGGAGUAUCUGGCAUCAACAAGCGUAACAGCAAGAAUUUCUUCUCUGCAAUCUCAUGUCUUCUGCAUUUGGAAUCCUUGUUAGUGCAGCUCGACGAGGGCAGUCAAAGUUGCUUGGAUGACAUCACCCUGCCUUGGGAGAACCUACAGAGUCUUACACUAUAUGGGCUCAAAGACAAGUUGCCACUAAGAAGCCCUCCACCAACAAAGCAUCUUAGUAAGCUCAAUAAGUUGGAUCUGGAGAUAGACACUUUACAGCAAGAUGCCAUGGAUUUCCUAGGCAAGCUACCAGAGCUAUGUAUUGUACACCUUCGAGUCAAACAGCUUGGGGAUGGUAAGCUCCAUUUUUAUUCCGAGCUAGAAGGUUUGGAGUUGGACACCUUCAAGAAGGUGAAGAUUCUCGAGGUCACUUGCAGUUCCAGUUUAAAUGUAACCUUUGGGUCAAAAGCUAUGAAGAAUCUUGAGCUGCUAAAGAUUGACUGCUCCAUCGCAUCAUAUCAGCUUACUAGCAUGGAUCAUCUGUGUGAACUGAACGAAGUAUUGAUCAAGGGUACCGAUGAUCAAGAAAUCAAGAAAGCCCUCGAGGACCAGCUUGUCAACCAUCCAAAGAACCCUGUGGUGAAGCUCGCUGGAGUGCCACAAUUGUCUUGAAGGUCGGUAUUUUUUCUGUUUAUUUCCUUUUGGUUUCAAUUAUCACUACCUGGCCUGGAUCCAACCUUUGCAAUCCCUCGGUUGUUUGUAUACCAUAAUUUAGAUGGCUUGUGCGCUUAUCGUUUUAUAAACAUGUAUUUUGUAUAAAUAUACUAUCGGCAGUCAUCUAUGGGUAUUUGGAUUUGUGCUUAC